AUGUUAUACCAAUCACCAGUCCAUUCUUCCUCGUCCUCUGCUCUCUCUUCCAGCACCGUCUCCGAUACCUCCACUUCCGGUCCCAGUCUCUUUCCUAUGCGAGUAUUUCUCGUUCAGACUGCUAGAGGACUGUUUUCUUCCUCAGGCGGCUACAAAGCAAAUAUUUGCUUAUUGCGUUAUCUCGCCUCGCGUGGUCAUUCAGUCCGCCAGCUUUGCUAUUCAUAUCACGGUGAAGUAGAGAUGUAUACCCAGAUCAUUGCCAAGGGUGGUGGCCGUGAUAUGAAUUUGCAUAAGCGGUUGCUGCAUUUGAGGGGUGAGAACAACGCGGCAGGAACUGAUGUCACUGUCCAUGAGUUUGUCAUGGACGAUGGCGUUCAGAUUGUGGCGUUGGAUAGCGAUGAAUUCGACGCAGCAUUUGGCGGUAAAAAGAAUAUUCACAAAGCAAUGACGAGGGAAACGGCCGACUUAAUUGAGACCGGGACGACGUCUGCACGGCUACAGGACUUUGUCUCCUUUCUGCAGCAAGAGAUCACAAUGUUCAUGCCUACACACAUCAUCAGCAACGAUGGAUUGUCCAUGCAGGCAACCUCCGCCCUACAGAUGCCGAGUUUGAGUGUGUGCCGUGUUGGCAUUGUGCAUACUGCCGAGCAGCUGCCUUUCGGACCAUUUGCUGGUGGUCUGCCUGGCCAUGCAAGCUCACCGGGCGAGUCCAAACUUCUCCAAAAUCUCGAUGGCAUCUGGAGCGUCUCGGAUGCUAUCAAGAAGUACGCCCUUGAACAUGGACGACUACGGACUAGCUUUUUUGUGCAUCAUCCCUGGACGUACCUUGAAGAGACAAGCCACAGAAUACCGGCUCAUCUACACAACUGGGACAAGAAGUUCGUUUGCAUGAUUAAUCCAUGCGUCGUCAAGGGGUCGCCGAUUUUCAUAGACAUCGCCAAGGCAUGCCCGCAGCAUGACUUCCUGGUGUACAAGAGCUGGGGUUUUGAUGAUGUAAUUGGCAAGCGCAUGGAAGAACUGCCGAACAUUACAAUCCGGCCAGCUUGUACCAAUAUGGAAGAAGCUUGGCAAGAUAUCAAAUUGCUCCUUGUUCCAUCUCUUUGGCUCGAAGCCUGGGGGAUAGUGCUAGUCGAAGCUCACCUACGAGGCAUUCCAGUUAUUUCAUCCAGUUCAGGUGCGCUUCCUGAAGCCAUGCUCGGACUGGAUCACAUUGUUCCAGUGAAUCCCAUCAACGGUGACCGCGAUGAGGAAGGAGCAUAUAUUGUUCCUCCACAAGACAUUCGCCCAUGGGUAAAAACAGUCAAUAGGCUCAUGAACAACCGAUCCGAGUACGAGAAUCUUUCGAUUGCAGUGCGGGAGAAAACUGUACAGUGGCUGAAGGAUAUGGAUGAGAUGGCCUUAGAGAAUUGGUUAGCUCAUUUGGCGAUUGAUUCAAAUGGUUACAGAACCGAUAGAUAG